AUGGCACCCCAAGGUCCUAUCACGACACCUCUGACGACCCUGCUGGGCAUUCAGCACCCUGUGGUGCUCGCCGGCAUGGCCCGCACAUCGGGUGGUGCUCUCGCGGCUGCUGUAUCCAACGCUGGCGGCCUGGGUGUUAUUGGUGGGUUUCAGUAUACGCCCGAUCAACUACGGGAGAUUAUUGCCGAAAUGAAAGCGGCCUUCAAACAUCCCAACCUGCCGUUCGGAGUCGACUUGGCGUUGCCCCAGGUUGGCGGCAACGCGCGCAAGACGAACCACGACUACACGCAUGGCAAGCUGGAGGAGCUCAUUGACAUCACCAUCGACAGUGGGGCUGUGUUAUUUGUCAGCGCAGUGGGCGUGCCUCCCAAGCACAUUAUUGACAAGCUGCACAAGGCCGGUAUCUUGGUCAUGAACAUGGUCGGACACCCCAAGCACGCCGUCAAGGCUUUCGAGCUGGGCGUUGACAUGGUCUGCCCCCAGGGCGGCGAGGGUGGCGGGCACACGGGCAACAUUGCCAACUCGGUCCUCAUCCCGGCCGUCGUCGACGUCGCACGUCAGUACAAGCCUCGCAUGCUCAAGGGGUCAACCGCUCUCGUCGUGGCGGCUGGAGGUAUCUCCAACGGGCGUGGGUUGGCCAGCUCGCUCAUGCAGGGGGCGGUGGGCGUCUGGGUAGGCACUCGCUUUGUGGCGUCCGUGGAGGCCGGGUGCAGCGAGGAGCACAAGCGCGAGGUCGUCAGCUGCGGCUUCGACGAGACAGACCGGACACUGGUGCUCAGCGGACGUCCCUUGAGGAUGAAGGUCAACGAGUACAUCAGGGACUGGCACUCGAGGCCGCAGGAAAUUCAGGCGCUGUGUGACAAAGGCAUCACGCCCAUUGAGUAUGACAUUGAUGAGGGCAAGGAUAUUGAUCUGCCUCACCUGAUGGGCCAGGUCGCGGGCUCCAUUGCCAAGAUACAACCUGCGGGUGAGAUUGUCAAGGAAAUGGUCAACGAGGCAGCAGAGAUGCUGCAAUUGGGUGGUACGUACCUCAACGCGAGGAGUAGGUUGUGA